GUUCCCAUUAAGCAAUGUGAUGAUUUUUCUGUGCUGUUCAGACAAGAUUGAACUCUUGACACCAUGACAACCAAGGACACUACACUGAAGUGGCUCCUUCCAUUGGCCAAGCCCUCUCUGGUUAUGUUCACUAUUCUUAUGCCAGCUCUGUGCAGUGGCAUCGAGGUGAAAUGUUCACAGCCAAACCAGCCUGCCCUGCUCGAGGCUCUGAAUCCAGUUUUCAACCUGAGCGCCAUACGACCCGUCAUGAACAUAUCAACACUCUCUAACAUCAGCAUCUUCUUCACCCUGUAUGGAAUACUAGGAGUGAAUGAAAAGUCUCAACUCUUGAACACUUACAUUUGGCUAGAUUAUUGGUGGAUGAACGAGUUUGUCAGUUGGGAUCCAAUCCAGUGCGGCACUCCAAAGAUCUCUCUCCCCAGAGACAAAUUCUGGAUACCAGAUAUUGUAAUCAAUGAAUUUAUGGAUGAAAACACAGCCCCGUAUGUCCCAUAUGUGUACCUGUAUAGCGAUGGCAAGGUCCACGAUGCUCAACCAGCCAAAGUUGUCAGCUCCUGUAACCUUGAUAUCUACACCUUCCCCUUCGACGUACAGAAUUGCACUUUGACUUUCAACUCCUACCUCCACUUCGCGAGAGACAUAAAGAUUUCACUGGGCAAACCUGCAGAUGAAAUCACAGAGCACUCCAAGAUGGUCAUAACCACAAUGGGGGAGUGGGAGCUGCUGGAUAUCACUUCCCACAAAUACAGAGCAGACACUGAUGAUGGUGAUUAUAUUGAUGAGCUGGCAUUUCAUAUCAGAGUGAGGCGUCGGGCCACCCUGUACGUGGUGAACCUCCUGAUCCCCAGCUGCUUCCUCAUCACAGUGGACCUCUUCAGCUUCCUGCUGCCUCCCCAGAGUGUGGACCGAUCCUCCUUCAAGAUGACCCUCAUCCUGGGCUACACCGUCUUCCUGCUCAUCAUGAACGAUCUGCUGCCUAUCACUGGAAACACCAUACCACUCCUAAACGUGUUCUUCUCUCUCUGUCUGGCUCUGAUGGUGGCCAGUCUACUGGAGACUAUCCUUGUCACCAACCUGAUGUGCUCUGCCAUCUUCUCUCCCGUCCCUCGCUGGAUCCAAGUGCUUGUUCUGCAAAUUCUGGGCUGUCUUGUUUGCCUGCCUUGGAAGGCUAAAGAUUCAGACAUGGAGCAAAAUGCCGUGGUGGUAAAGAGUAGAGCUGAUGAGGGGCCUCCAGAGCAGAGGGGGCCAGUGGUGGAGGACACAGCCCUGCAGGAGCUGAGGAGCCUUGGCAGGGACCUCCAGGCUCUCCGCCUUCAGGUGGAGCAGCAGGCCGGUGGAAGCCAGAGCUCAGAGGAAUGGAUCCAGGUGGGUUUCAUCAUAGACCGCCUGCUGUUCGGCCUCUACAUCCUCUUCAUAUCAGUCAGCUUCAUUACCAUCAUCAUUAUCUGGGUGAACUCACACAGACAGUAG